AUGAACAGUAACAGUGGCUCUGAUGUCAUCCCGGAAGAGCUCUAUGCUCGGGCUGUGGAUGCGUACUUUCGCCGAAAUAAGACAACGACACUCUAUCCUGGAGAUAAUUACCGCUACCUAAGGGAUUUAUUGUGCAGGCCGUACCCUUGGGGUGGUUCUAAGCUAAUAUCCACAACGUCGACAUCGUCGACACCGUUCUCCCAUGUAAUCAUCUCGCGAUACAACUCUCACCGCACGCGGGAGACACUCUCUUUCGACUGCGGCGACCAAGGCUUAGGGGAAUUUCGCAACUCGACGCCUAAGCCCGGUGACGUGGUCUUCUUACGUGGUUAUGCAUCUCCACAGUGGCUGAACGCCGUGGGUGCAAAGUACAGAGUCGACGCUGAGGCGUUUAGACGACAUUUGGACAUCAAGCAAGCGCCACUGUACUUCGAUCUACCGAGCCUACAAUCAACUAGCAUUCACAUUAUCUCGAUUCCGCUGAUCUCUAUCGGGAUUUGGAGCAAUGCCAUAUCUGCAUCGGACAUGGAUGACGUGCGGAGGGAAACAAGUAAAGGCGAUAUACAUACACAUUCCUUCAGGAACCCACCUCGAUCUGGAGUUGGAUCAUCAAUCGUGCGAGAGUAUCUAAUGUUGGACGAAAAGUACUUUGCUAUUGAGCAGCAGCUUUCUGUGCACGUACAUGAGAUGGUGAUCUGGUCGGAUAGUGGUCGCAACUUGUCUGGUGAUGACACACAAGUCUGGUCACCGUGCAACUCCAGAAACAUCUCUCGCAUCAGCAUCUUACCCGUCUUUCAAUACCAACGCAAAAUGUUUGUUCAGCACGUUGGCGCUAUAGAGACAGGGUUCGAUCAUCCCGACAUGGCCAACACCUUCCAGAGUGCAUCGCUUCUUCCCCUCCGCCAUGGAGACAGUCUAAACCACGAUGUCGCACAAGCAGACGCUCUCUACGCCCUCUCCGAGAUUUUCCGCUUUUGUGCAUUCUCCGAAUCGCAGUUCAUCAACCUCAUCUCUCAUACACUGGAGCAGCAACGCAACCAGCCCCUUGAACAGCUAGCGAAGAUUCUGUCAAAUCUUACGUACUAUAAACGUAUCCUAGACUCUCACGCGGAGCGACUCAAGGUCAUUAUCUCGUGCCUCAUUGCUGGCGGUGGACCAACGUGGCCUCGCGCGACAGAGCCAGGGCAUCGUGCCGUUGUCGAAGCAACGAUCACUGCGCUCAAGGCAGAUUUUGAACAACUGGCUUACCGGAUAAACCUCCUGUCAAAGCAGUGCGCCGACGAUUCGCUGUUUCUCAUGAAUCGCGUCGUUGUCAAUGAUACAAAGCACGGCAUUAUACAGGCGCAAAAUACGGCCAACUUGACGCUGUUGGCGUUCUAUUUCAUACCUUUAACCCUCAUCACCUCAUUUUUUGGAAUGAAUUUCAAAGAGAUACAGGAUAGCAAAGGACCAAAACUCAGCCUCUGGCUGUUUUUUGUCAUUGCUGUGCCAUCUUUGUUCCUCGCUUGGAUGGGUUUCAAAUAUUUGCAGAAGCUGGAACGGAGCCAAGGUUUUGUAUUGUAG